CGCUUCGUGUACCUACGUAUCUGGUCUAUAGAAUGAACUGAACUCCUCCCUCCCCUUCAUGAUUGACAUUUCAUUCCACCAAUAUAAGGAGAUUCUAUACUAUUGUUACGUGUCAAUUAGAGCCAUCAAGGAGGAUCCAAGAACCAUAGCAAUCGAGAAUGCCUUCCAUCACUUUGUCAGUCAAUCCAACAAAAAUCUACUGUCUUAUUUUGCUUUCAAUUGGUCUGAUAACAGAAACAUUAGCUCAAAGAAGAGUAGAACCACCUCAACAGGAUGCACUACCGGGUAUACCGCCGUUUUUGGACGGUGCACCCCCUGACGUCGUGCAAAGAUUUUACGAUCUGGUGAACAACGAAUCAAAAACCACGCCAGAGAUUGAAGCCGAUGUCGAAAAAUUCAUACAUAAACUUGGCGGGAACUAUACGACUCGAUUUGAGAAAUUCAAGGAAGAGGUAAAGAGAUUAAAUGCUGAGUUUGAGACACAGCGUAGCAAAAUAGUAUCAAAUCUUUCACCCGAAGCAAGAAAAGCCGAUGCUAUGUUAUCUGAUAUUGCCAAGGAUAUGCAUCUGACCAAUCGCCAAAAAACGGAACGGAUCUUAACGAUUAUGAACUCAUUGAGUGAAACCGUUCGAAACGAGAUCCUGGAAGCACUUCGUCCAAAAUAAAUGUUAUAUCAGUGGUGAUAAGCGCAACAACUAAUCGUUUAUGAAACAAAAUAAUAAAUGGACGAAUGUUGCUAUCAUCAAUAUCGAAUAUUUCUUGCUAACUAAUUAAUAUAUAUCUGUUUAUCAUUGUUGUUUCAACUUUAAUUCUCAUUAAUUAUUGCUAUUAAAGUUUCCAUGCUAUCAAUGCUACAACAUAAUACAAAGUAUAUUUGCAUUUAUGAUUAUUAUCAAUAAAAUUCUGCGGUGAAAAUAAAACAACGUCAAAAAUUUUGUUGAUAGGUCUUUGAUCAGUUUUGCUAUUUAUGUCACCAUCAUAUGACAUUUGAAACGGUUAAUAAAAUUUUGAAAUCAUGAG